AUGACGAAUGUCUUCAAGUUCACAAUUCCACGCCCUCUUCAUAAGUUUAUUAUCCCGCGUGGCUAUGAUUAUAACCUUGCUUCAGCCGAAGAGCUCGAAGAGAUUUUUCAAAUUUUCUUUCCCAACACUGUCAUCACGAGACCCGUUGGUCCACUCACCAGAGAAGCCUCCAUUGAACGCUUCAAAGACUUGGUGCUCCCUUGCAUCCUGGCUUGUUCUAUCUGGCGUCCUGAAGAAGACUUACUUGUGUAUUUUGAGGACAUGGUCCACGCGGCUCCAGGAACUGCGGACAAGCCCUCGACACCGCCACAACAAUCGGAACGGACAAUGAUCAUGAUUCCUCAUACUUCUCCUUUGGACCCAGAUAGUUCUUAUGCGGCCUAA